UCUUAGCAAGUGGUCGUUCCUAUUUUUAAUAAACGUGAAAUAAAUUUGCAUGCGGAAUUAAUUGAGGCAAUGGAUUCCAUAGAUCCGAUUAAAUAUAAAAUAUUAAAUUGGCUGCGAGUUAUUAUAGCUGGUGUAGCCAGGUUUAUUUUCAGUAUAUUUUCAUGUUAUCGCAAGAAGAAAAUCCCUCCGAUCCAUUAUGAUAUUCUGAAACAACCGGCGAUUGAGGUGGCGAGAAAAAUUCGGAAUAAAGAGAUAACAAGCGUCGAGGUUUUAGAGGCAUGUAUAAAAAGAAUAAUCGAUGUGAAUUCAGUACUCAAUUGCCUUAUUGAAAAUCGCUACGACGAGGCUUUAAAAGAAGCUAAAGACGCCGAUUCAUACAUAAGAAGUGGAAUUAAGUCCGAGGAACAAUUAUUGAAAGAGAAGCCGUUUCUUGGCGUUCCUUUUACAACUAAAGACAGUAUUUCUGUCAAAGGCCUCCAUAAUACAGCUGGUUUAUAUUCUGCAAGGCAUAAUAUAGCAGACAACGAUGCCAAAGUGAUUAAAUUACUCCGAGACAAAGGUGCCAUUAUUAUUGGUACAACAAAUGUGCCAGAAUUGUGUUUAUGGUGGGAAAGUUACAACAAAAUAUAUGGUAGAACAAAUAAUCCUUACGAUACCACGAAAAUAGUUGGUGGGUCAUCAGGCGGAGAAGGAGCUUUGCAAGCGGCGGCUGGAAGUUGCUUUGGUAUCGGAUCGGAUAUCGGAGGCUCAAUUCGUAUGCCAGCUUUUUUUAAUGGAAUUUUUGGUCAUAAACCUACCAGGAAAAUAGUUUCUAAUGAUGGGCAAUUCCCCGAAGUAAAGUCGGAGCAAGAGGAUGCCUGUUUAGUAAUUGGACCAAUGACGAAGCAUGCUGUAGAUUUAAAACCCAUCCUAAACAUUAUAUCUGGAGAAAACAGUUACAAACUCAAGUUAGAUCAACCGGUUGACAUGCGAAAAAUAAAAAUAUACUACCAAACGAAUAACCACGCUCCUCUAACAGAUCCAGUCGACCAUGAAAUAGCAUCAGCUUUAAAAAAAGUUAUUAGUUUCUUUGAAACAAAACACGAAGUUACGGCGGCAAAGACAAAUAUAACGCUUUUACAAAAGUCCACACCUAUUUGGUUUGCGAGUAUAGCGUCAGAGACAAGUAUCAGUUCCUAUAUAAUGGAAGACGGUGACGGCAGUGACCAAGCGAUCAUAAAAGAAAUCAUAAAAAGUAUAUGUGGCCGUUCUGACAAAACUUUAGUCAUUUUAUUGACUGCGUUAGCUGAUAAUGUGGAUCUAAAGAGUGAUGCAUAUAGGGAAAACCGUAUGCUCGCAGAAAAAUUAGAGAAUAUGUUUAAAGAGAUGCUGGGAGAGGACGGCGUAUUCAUAUUUCCAACACACCCUACAGCAGCACUAUAUCACAAUGAGCCACUAUUUAGGGCUUACAACUUCUCAUAUACUGCCAUUUUUAAUAGCCUUGGUUUUCCUGCCACUGCUGUACCGUUAGGUUUGAACCGCAGUGGGCUUCCAAUAGGAGUACAAGUGAUUGCCAAUCAUAAUAACGAUAGACUAUGUUUAGCAGUCGCAGAAGAACUUGAAAAAGAAUUUGGUGGUUGGGUUGAACCCCAAAGGAGAAAAUAAAGUGAGCAUAUUGAAUGCCAAAAAAGGAUUUGCGACUUGUCUUCGAAACUUUUUUGCAGUGUCAUCUAUCAAUAAAAGUAGUUAGGUAAUUAAAAUGUAUAAAUAAUAAUUAAAAAAAUAAAUGUGAUUUCACAAAACUUUAA